GUGGGUUUUUCAUCGGGUUGUAUAGCAGUGUAUCGCUUUGGCCACAUCAACCCCACGAUAGUUCUCACGCCUCCAUCGAGCUCAAGGAAACCUGUCACUUCUAUCGAAUGGUCGCCAAUCUCACCAAGUAUCUUCUACUCUCUCCAUGGACAUCGCCGAUUACUAGUCUGGGAUCUGUCGAUGGGACCGUCACCGCUAGCCGUCAACGAUCUCUCUCAACAGGUCUUGGGUCUGAGUACUGGAGAAGUUCAAGUUCAUGCCCUGGAGACAAUUAGAGCGAAAAGAGAAGGAAAUCUGUUGACAACACUUAAA